AGCGCGUCAGCUGUUUUGUGUUUACAUCGCGUCGUUUUGGUUGUUGUUGUUUUCCCGCAGCUCAAGUUGAGCCUCGCUGUUGUUUUUUUAUGCGUCUCAAAAAAUGUCUCAGCAGCUCCGGGAGCAGCGCGGCCGAGCAGCAGCUGAGGGGCAGACCCGCGGGAGCUGCUGUGUGUGAGGGAGCUGCUGGUUUCUGCACGACAGUGAAAGGCCUGACGCAGGUCCAACCCUAGACUCUCUCUGUGUUCACCAUGGGUGGUGCUGUCAGCGCUGGAGAGGACAAUGACGAGCUUAUCGACAACCUAAAAGAGGCUCACUACAUCCGCUCGGACCUGGUAGAGAGGGCCUUCCGAGCCAUCGACCGAGCAGAUUACUAUCUGGAGGAGUACCGGGACAGUGCUUACAAAGACUUGGCCUGGAGGCAUGGCAAUCUCCACCUCUCUGCUCCUUGUAUCUACUCAGAGGUUAUGGAGGCUCUGGAACUGCAGCCUGGCCUGUCCUUCCUCAACCUGGGCAGUGGUACCGGUUACCUCAGCACCAUGGUGGGCCUUAUCCUGGGUCCGUUUGGGGUGAAUCAUGGUGUGGAGCUACAUGCAGAUGUGGUGGAAUAUGCUUAUCAGAAACUCGACUACUUCAUCAAAACCAGCGACAGCUUUGACAAGUUUGAGUUCUGUGAGCCCUCCUUUGUGGUGGGGAACUGUCUGGAAAUCCCUCCAGAGAGCCGGCAGUAUGACCGGGUGUACUGUGGGGCUGGAGUCCAGAAAGAGUACGAGAAUUACAUGAAGAACCUGCUGAAGGUUGGCGGAAUCCUAGUGCUCCCCCUGGAGGAGAAGCUGACAAAGAUCACCCGCACAGGUCAAAACACUUGGGAGACCAAGAAAAUCAUCGCUGUGACUUUUGCUCCACUUGUGCAGCCCAAACAAAGCAUCAACGGAAGAGGCAAGAGCGUGCCCCUGCCCAUUUUUGAAGUUCGGACAUUGCAGGAUCUGGCACGGAUCUCCAUCCGUCACACCCUGCGGCAGCCCAUGGCUGUGGCGGAGGGCCGUGCCAAGCGGCGGGUUUCCUUCCCCGGUGCUCGCGCCAUGCACCGCUACGGCCCUCGCUUCGAGCGCCGCCGCUUCUGCCGCCGCUUCUACCGUCAGUGCGUCAACUCUGUGGUGCUCCACGACUCCAUGAUCCCUACAGCCAACAUUGACGACUGCCAGUACCCAGGAGGGGUGGAGGAGGAAGAGGAGGAGGCUGAGGAACUGGAGGAGGAGAGGAGCUGCCGCAGAGCAGGGGAAGAUUUGCCCGAAGAGGACGAGGACGAGAACACCACUGGAGACGAAGACGAGAAAGGCAAGGGCGGCAGUACGAGGCCGGAGCCGCCGGUCAACGUUCUGCGGGAGAGGAUCCUGGGACUGCCCUUACCUGAGCCGCUCAAGAUGUAUCUGCUGUAUUACCGUGAUAAGUGAUUAAUUACUGUGACUCCUAAAGCGAUCUAAAAUACAGCAAACAGCCUUCCGUGUCCCCAAUCCCGGCCUAACCCGAGCAAACCCAGCUGGAAUUAUCCAACAGUUAUGGUACUUUUGGUCUUUUUGAGGUUUUGAGAAACAAGGCUAGAUUCUGGACGAAGAAUCUAGAAGAGUUUUGUAUGAAUAGAAGAACUUAAUGAAUUGAUGUGAUUGGGUUUCCCCAAAUCUGUCAUUUUAGAUUUGUUCAAGCUCAUUUUUGAGAGCUUUCUUCUCAUUUUAGCAGUGUUCCUUCUCCCAAAUAUCAAAUGGAUGGAAUGUGGCAACCUUUACAACGCUAGCUGAAGAUUUUAGGAAGAUUCUAGAAAGAGAAGGUUGCAGUGACUUCAACUGUGAGUUGGGACGUUCUCUCAAGGUUUUUUUUUAGCGUGAUGGAUUGAAGUAACGUUGUUCUCGUUGUUUUUCUAUAGCUUUAUGAAAGACCCCAAAGUCGGCCCUCCACUGUUUCUUUGCCUACUGCGUGCUCUCUUCUCUUUCUAAGGUACUGGAUGCUGUUUGCAUGUGUAGUGCUCCCGUGCACCUGCAUUUUGUCAGUAUUCUAGUUUGUGGUGAUGCAUUUCAACACUUUACACUGUGUAAAUCUGAUCUGAACCCUCAGGUGGGUAAUGCUACGUUUGCUACACUGACACAUUCAUUGUUUAAUGCGAGGUUCUAGAAAAAUAAUUACAAUAAUUGCAUAUAGUUCCGAAAAAAAAGUUCCACACAUUCUAACAAAAAUGUCAUUUGUAUCAUGACAAACUUUACAAUGAUCAAGUGAAAUUGUAAGUGUUGCCCUGAAAAUCUUGGGCUGAAAAUUAAGGUUUUUCACAGGUUUCUUUUCCUUUGCUACCUUUUUUUACCAUUGCAUAAAAUAAAUGUACAUGUAUUUUUGCAUUGCUUUCUAAAGAAAAAGCAAUUACGAAACAAUAAUUUAUACAUAUUUAUUUAACACUGAUUAGACAAACCAUCAAAACUACUCCUUUUUUAAAUGUGUACUUGAUUUUUAUGAAAUCUCAAAGUCUGAAUUAGAAUUCCUAGAGAGAAUUUUCCGUCUUGGAAUCCAGUAAAGUGCCACCUCUGCUGAAAGAAAUCCUAUAGGAAACUGCAAUAUGACCUAAAAUGUCAAUGUUUGAUAUAAAUUGUUGUUGAGUGAUUUUCACUCAUUUUUGGCUCAACUUUGCGGUUGCCAAAUACUCUGUGCAUCCCUAGAAAUUGUCUAGACAAGUUUUUUUUUUUUGGAUCAUCCCAAACCAAAUUGUUUGCGUUUUCAUUUCACAUAGCUGAGGUUUCAAUUUAAGACAAAAAAGUGAAUGGUUAUGUUUAAAAAUAAAUCCCUACUCAGGAAUAUUGCAAUCGUGUUUGGGAAAAAAAAAGACCAAAAAAAAAAAGUCAUUUUGAUUAUUUUUUGACCAAAAAAAAGAGAAAAAACAGGAUUGCUUGUUGCAUCAUUUUUGCAUUUUGUACUAACCUAAUUGUACAAUUAUUUUGAGGGGGGGGGGGGGUGAUGCAUAGUUCGUCUCACCACACUGGGGUUCUGUAAAAGUGCUUUUCUUAUUAUUCUUUGACUGUGGAGAGUGAGAUUAAUGCUUUGUGGCCCCUUCAAUCUAAGAUGUCAUCUUUAACAAGUUGUUAAAAAAAAAUACAUGUCUGAGGUAACAGCAUAUCUAAACCAUAGUUUGAAAUGAUUGUAUGCUUUUAGGAAAUGUAUAGACCUUUCAAUAAAUUUCUGAGUUUGCACAUGCA